UCUUGUCAAAUGGCUAAUCUCUCAUUGUUAGUGGCAGUUUUAGCUCUUUCACUUUCAGCUGUCUUAGCAGCUGAUCCUAGUGCUCUCCUAGAUUUCUGUGUGGCAGACCCAAAAGGCCAAGUGUUAGUGAAUGGUUUGGUAUGCAAGGAUCCUAAACUUGUUGAAGCAAAUGACUUCUUCUUUAGUGGAAUAGACAUAGUUGGCAACACUUCAAACACUGUUGGGACUAAAGUGACACCAGUUUUUGCAACUCAGCUACCAGGAUUGAACACUCUUGGCGUCGCCAUUGCUCGCAUUGACUUUGCACCAUGGGGCGUUAACCCUCCUCACGCGCACCCUCGUGGCUCUGAAAUCUUGACUGUUCUUGAUGGCACCUUAGAAGUUGGAUUCAUCACUUCCAACCCAGAAAACCGUCACAUUAGGAAAGUUCUACAAAAGGGUGAUGUGUUUGUGUUUCCCAUAGGACUCAUCCACUAUCAAAGAAAUGUAGGUUAUGGUAAUGCUGUUGCUCUUGUAGCUUUUGGCAGCCAGAACCCUGGAGUUAUCACCAUUGCUAAUGCUGUGUUCGGGUCUACUCCUGAAAUAUCUAGUGAUGUUCUCGUGAAGGCUUUUCAAUUGGAUAGCAAUACCGUGAAUUAUCUGCAGUCCAAAUUCUAG